GCGCAUACCAAAGCGCCGCAGUGCACCUCCGCCGUCCUCCUCCGCGCAUUCCUCUCCUCCUUGCGCCAAAUAGUCCCUCUACCUUUCCCGACCGUCUGCUACUUUUCUGUUCUGUUUUACUCGCACAGACACCUUCCUACGGGCGAAACACUCGCUUGCGAAAAUUUACACGACUAGUUGUUCCAAAAGCAGCGAUUCUUUUUCGUUUUUCUGUUGAAGAGUGUGGAGAAACUCCCCCCUCUCCUGAAAAGAGUGAGGGGAAAUUCCUCCGCGCCGCGCGCGCCGUUGACUGUGAGAGGACCUUCUUUCAACUUCAACAGAAAAACUGAAAUUUGUCAAACGGAAAAAGAGAGAGACAGAGAAAGGGAAGAGGGGGAAAACUUCGGUAAACGAGUGUACCGAGACCGGUUCUGUGUCGGUACCGGAGCUGGAUCAUGUAUGUAAACGUUACCGGGACGAAACCUCCACGGGGAUUUUCGGUGUGAAAUGCUAAUCUGCUAGUUAAUAUUUUUUAAACCUCUCUGGCUCUUGCGCUCCAACCGCCGUGGCUCGCGCUUCAACCGCCGUGGCUCGCGCCCCUCGCUCUCGGGUCUCCGCUCUCCGGCUCGAGCCGUCAUGCAUCGCUACGGCGAGGAUUUGGGCCACCGGGCGAGCAAGCUCGUGGAGAACCUCUCGAUCUACGACUCGUACGGGGACAGCGGGCUCGAGACGGAUUUCUCCCCUGCCGCCGUGAUGCUGUUGCACGGGAUGAAAAGUAGCGUAAACGUUAAACGCACGAGCGGAGGAGGAGGGUCCGUGCAGCAGCUGCAUGGCGUGGACGCAGCUUACAUGACCGGGACUGCCGUUAAAGUGCACGGUGCUGCGCCGGUCCCUGUUCCAGUACCCGUUCCCAUUCCGGUAACCGCCGUGCGCUCCGUGAACGGAACCCGCACGACACAGGCGGACGGUGCUCACGCGGACGACGACACAGGCGGCAGUGGGAGCUUCUGCGCGCGGUCUGAAGUGGCGUUGCCGUGUUACAGCGGCGGUGGCGGGGACCGGCACCGGCGAUACUCGCCGCAGGAGGCGCAUGGUCUCCGGUAUGGUGCGUAUGAGGCACCGGGUACAGGAAAACAGCUGUGCAGGAACGGAGGAGGGGGCAGCAGCAUCAACACGGGGGCAACGACGAGCCCGCGCUCGAGCUGCAGCAGCAGCGGCAGCCCGCGCAGCAGCGUGCUCAUGCCGGGACACCAGCAGCAUCAACAGCAGCAGCAGCAACAGGAGCGGUACGCGAGCCCCCGGUCCAGUCUCGCGCAGGGCGGCGACGGUGUCGGCAGUUGUGCGCUGAGCCCCCGCUCUAGCUACGCGAGCACGCACUCGAGCCUGAGCGGCUGCGACUGCACGAGCAGCCGACCAAGCAGCAACCGGACCAGCGGUGUCAGCCUGGGCUACGACCAGCGGCACGCCAGCCCACGCUCCAGCGCCGCGAGCCCCAGGUCCAGCUACUCCGCCUCCGUCGCAUCCGCCGCGGCCGCCUCCGCCGCCAGCCCGCGAUCCAGCAUCUCCAGCCACAGCUCACGUGGCUCCAUGAGCGCGGGGACAGAGCUGCAGCUGCCGUCGCCGCGGGCUUCGGUGCUCGAGGACCCGCUGCUGCUGCAGGACUGCGGCGGCGAGGCCAACGGGCUGCACGGGCUCCAUCACCGGCUGCACAUUUACGCCGGCUUUCCUGCGCUGGAAGACGCCCAGCACGUGCACGGUGGCGGCGAGGCGGACCCCGGCGCCCUGAGCCAGAAGCUGAAGCUGCCCUACCAGGUGACCCCGAGCAGGGAGUGCGGGCCGAGCCAGGCAGAGAGGCGGCUCGAGGCCCUCACGCUCGAGCUCGAGAGAGAACUCGAGCUGCACAUGAAGAAAGAGUAUUUCGGUAUCUGUGUAAAAUGCGGGAAAGGAGUGUAUGGAGCGAGUCAGGCGUGUCAGGCGAUGGGGAACCUGUACCACACUAACUGUUUCACCUGCUGUUCUUGUGGGAGGAGACUGAGAGGGAAAGCCUUCUACAAUGUGAAUGGAAAGGUCUACUGUGAGGAGGACUUCCUGUAUUCUGGGUUCCAGCAGACAGCGGAGAAAUGCUUUGUGUGUGGACACCUCAUCAUGGAGAUGAUCCUCCAGGCUCUGGGGAAAUCCUAUCAUCCAAGCUGUUUCCGCUGUGUGGUGUGUAAAGAGGGACUGGAUGGAGUUCCUUUUACUGUUGACAUGGAAAACAACAUCUACUGUGUUAAAGACUAUCACACUGUCUUUGCCCCAAAAUGUGCCUCCUGUAACCAACCCAUCCUCCCAGCCGAGGGCUCGGAGGAGACCAUACGUGUUGUGUCCAUGGACAAAGACUACCAUGUGGAGUGCUAUCACUGUGAGGACUGCGGCCUGCAGCUAACCGACGAGGAGGGUCACCGCUGUUACCCGUUGGACGGUCACCUGCUGUGCCAUGCCUGCCACCUGCACAGGUUAAAAACCCCCGGCCCCUCUCAGCCGCCGCCCGGCUACCCGCUCCACGUCACUGAGCUGUGAACUGACUCACACACACACUGCACAGAGCGUAGUGCAAGUGUGUGUCAAUGAGGAACUUUCUCUCCUACUAAAGGGGCUGCAUUGAUGUUCCGAGCAUCCACCACCUUCUCUGAAGCAAGUGAAUGUAAAGAAAGUCGUGAUCGUCUCUCUCUCCAUGGAUUACUGUGUGCUUUCACAAACGACUGCAUCCCUUCACCCUCUAACCUCAUCUCUCCUCUCCAGCACAAAUCCUGCAACUGCGACCCUGAGGCCUGGCCUGGACUGAAAUCACAUAUUUGAAUUAAGAUUCAGGUAUAUGAACCCUUACAGACUGGUCCCAGAGCUUAUAUACUAGCUAAUGUGGAUUGAAGGAGCAACCAAGUGUGGGGCCAGCAUGGAACAAUGCAAUGCAGGCUAACAUGGAGCUAGGGAACAGCCAGCAAAGAGCUUUUGCAGCCCCUAUGUGGGCUGAACAAUGUACAUCCAGUGCAGGGCCAGCAAAGUACCAGUGUUGGCCCAAAUGGAAACCAAUGCAAGACCACGAGGAGAACCCAAUACAAGUGUCACCAUGGAUCCAGCCUCCAACCUCCAACCACAACCAAACUAUUGAUCAUUCCCAACAAGAUUCAGCACAUUCCAACUGAUCAUUUAAACUGAUCUGCUGAACAGAGGCACUAAAGGACAGACCACCACACAGCUAUAUUCUGAAAGAGAGAGAAAGAAAGAGAGACAGACAGAAAAAAGGGAGAGAAAGAAGACUUUUAAAGCCUUGGAAGUGGCCUUUCAAUGAGUAUCUCGCACUUAUCAGUUUUUUCACUCAUUGCCUUCAAGUUGCACCGUUAAUGUGUGUCUGUGUGCUUUUUAUGUGUGUGUUGUGAUGCUGGUGGGAGAUGCAGUUCCUUACCUCGUACACACCCUCACGUUUUUGUUUUUAGUGGGUCAGGCAAGCAGCCACAGCCACAGUUCUGCUGAAAUGAUGCUGAAAUCUUGGUGCACAUUCCAUAAAACGUUCCAGAGGUUACAAGAGCAGCACAUAUACUGUACACUGUGUUGAUAUUAUUAUGAGAAGAGUUAGCUGCUCAUUGCGGUCUCAUAUCCCACUCUGUAUUAAAUGUACUGUAGAGGGAUCCACAUUUUUCUAAUGCUGUGUUUUCUGACCGAGGUCAGUCAGUGCAAAGUCAAGCGUGGGCGUUUUUGUUUUCUGAUGUGGGCACUGACAGGUCCUCUAUGGAUCUGAGUGCCUCUAUGUGUCUGAGACGAGUGUUUCUUUUUGAGAGCUGGGAUUGGGCUCAGUGUUUCCAGACACUGGUUUGUCUGGGAGGAAGCGCUGUAGAGGUGUGGAGCUGUCACGCCUCAGGAGCAGAGCAGAGAGGAGAGCUGUUCUGCUGUUUUCUUUGCUGUUUUUAAUUGGCUCUUUUACCAGUAAGUGUAUCUGUAUGAGGGAGGUUUGGACAUUGAAUGAUUCUGCUGAUGCUGGAAGGUGCUGGACUCACCUAAGCAGCACAGAGACUACUUACACUUGACCCACAUUAAUUUGCAGGAAAUCGCAGCUGUACUGAGAACUACAAUGAAACAAACAGUAUUUUCCACAGAACCUAAUCAUUGAAACACUGAAACACUAAAAACCAGCAGUACAAAGAUUGGAAUUCAGUAGAAUUCCUCUGAUAUGACAUACUGUGCAUAUAUGCUUUAAAGCCCAUUAACCCUAACAGCAAAUAAUUUUUAUGAAAUUUUGUGCCCUGUCUGACACCCUGCUCAGGUACGUCACAAUGCUCAUUGCUAUCUUACACCCAGCCUGUUACAUUCCUGCCGUGUUGCUAUCUUGGCAGAGAAAAACACAGGUGCGCCACUAAUUAAUUUAAACUAAUUUGGCCAGAUUCCGUUGUUGAGAAGCACAGAAGCAUCGCACCAUGAAAACAUCAAUGCACCAAAGUCAGAGCGCACCUGGCUCUUAAAGGGAAUGGCAAGUGACACGCUCAUUGAUUUGCUUCAUGUUACACCCAAAACACACCCAUGAUUAGUUAAGAAAAUUUGUACAUGGCUUUUGCUGGUUUCGAGCCGUGCAAGGUGUACUUUUCCUGACGUUAUGAUAGCAAAGAUAUACUGACAUGCCCUAAAUCAAUCUGCACAGGGUGGAGUUGACGGCUCGCCUAUAGAUAUAGGACCCUGAGUCUGCCGCUGAGUUAGUGGUUUGUAAGUAGGAUAGAACCAUGACAUGGGUACAGUUUAUUUGUUAGUUAAUUUGAUAAAAUAUACAUAAGAUUAGAGCUAAGAUACUAAAAUAUGAGUAUGUAUUCAGCAUUCAGCUACUUUAAGUUGCAACCAUUGCUAACAUACAUGCAAAACAAAUGCAAAGGCACAGCUUGUCUAGUCCCCGUAGAGAAGUACUGACACUCUAGAGCAGAUAAACAUAACACUGACAGAGUCAGUGGUAUAAUCCCCCAGCAUUGAGCUGUGGAGCAAUGGAACUGUGUUCUCUGGAAUGAUGGUUCUCCAUCCAAGGCAUAGCGUGCAUGAGUGCAUGAUUGAACUUCUAAAUAUAGCGUAGUUGCGCUUUUAGAUCUUUGUACGUUAAACAACAGCAGCAUUGGGAAAUAACUAUUUUUAAGGACAAAAGUAGGGUGGGUUCACAUUAAAGUGGUAUAGAAACAUGUACACUAGAUCAGGUGUUCAGAAAAAGUUGAUCUGGAAUGAUGUAAUAAUGUAAGUUGGACAUUUUACUGCAUUUAAAGAAAGUUUUAACUGUAUCUUUAGUUUCUGUUUAUUUGAUUGGGUUCUGUGAAAAGUACUGUUGGCUUUCACUCCUUGUUUUCGUUUCCUGUUAAACAUUUCUAAUCUCAGUAGGCUUGGUAUUUGUGUGUGUGUGUGUGUGUGUGUGUGUGUGUGUAGCAAGCAUUCCCACAUGCUUUAGUGGCGGGACCGCUCUGUGUGCUUGCUUGCUCGGUGUGUUUGUGUGUGUGGGUAUGUGUGCUAUGGGCAACCUUGAAGCCAUGGCAGUAACUGCCUGUGCUACACACUUCCUUUCAACUCCAUAGAGUGUGUGUGUGUUUCCUUUCCCAAUAGACACACACACACAGUCCUGCUGUAGUACUACUGAGUCGACAGGCUUUCAGAAGCAGAGGAAAGGUUGAAGUGUGCUGUAGCCGAUCCUGACUGCAUCCUCGCACCAGCAUCACUGUUUAUAACACAGACGGUAACUCUGGGGCGCAGAGAGGUUCACCUAAGUAUGCUCCUCCACACGGCCAGCGUGCCCCGGUUACCAUACCCACACGGCUGGCUUUAGCUCCAGAAAGAUGCUAUAUUUUUGAGAUAGCUUAAACCGAAAAUGCACAAGAACUACAACCCUGCACUCUUCUCCAAUCAUUCCCCGACAGGCCGAAAUGUAACGAUUGAAAGAAGUGCUAUUUACUCCCUCUCCACAAUGUCUUAAUCCACUUUUAAAAUGUACUACUAUUUCAUAGAACACACAUAGAGUCCCUGUAAAUAAGCAAUGUUAGCGUUUUAUUAUUUACCUGCUUCUGUUGGAAAUGGCAGUGAGCUGUAGCUUUGUUUCUCGUGUAGUUCUCAGAAAGCACAUCUCGCCUUCUGUCCUAUCACCUUUUCUUUUGUAUCGCUCAAUGUUUUGAUUUUUCCUAGAUAUUUCAUAAAUAAAAAAGGAAAGUAGAUUUAUUUAUCUAAACAUGAAAAGUUUAAAGUUAUUUAAUGUAUUAAAAGUUGGGACGUAUCAUUUAACCGUAGAUGAUAUAAUCUGCUUUUUCAAUAAAAUGGUUUUGUAGUUAACUUAA